AUGAUAUUGUGGGAUCAUUUUAAUAAUUUGGCGAUAAAUUUAACUAAUGGGAAAUUUAAACCGAGUGAAUUCAUCUUCAUUAAAGAUAGUGAUGUUUUUAUGAGUGAAGUUCAUAAUGUUUUAUUAGUAAUUUUACUUUAUUAUAUUAUUAUAUUUGGUGGAAGAUUUUUAUUAAAAAAUACAAAACCACUAAAAUUAACUUUAUUAGUUAAAUUUCAUAAUUUAUUUUUAACAAUAAUCUCCUUAAUUUUAUUAUUACUAAUUCUCGAAGAAUUAAUACCAAUUAUUAAAACUUAUGGUCUAUUUUAUUCAAUUUGUAACGUUAAUGCAUGGACUCCAAGAUUAAGAACUUUAUAUUAUAUUAAUUAUUUAAUUAAAUUUUGGGAGUUUAUUGAUACUUUUUUUUUAGUAUUAAAACAUAAAAAAUUAACUUUUUUACAUACUUAUCAUCAUGGUGCAACAGCGUUAUUGUGCUAUACUCAAUUAUUCGGUGGUACUGCAAUUGCAUGGGUUCCAAUUACUUUAAAUCUAACAGUUCAUGUUAUAAUGUAUUGGUAUUACUUCUUAUCAACUUGUGGUAUUAAAGUUUGGUGGAAAGAAUGGGUUACACGUCUACAAAUUAUUCAAUUCAUCUUUGACGUAUCUUUUAUCUUCUUCACAACUUAUACUAAAUUUAUUUAUCUUUAUUUAAAAGAUUCAGGUUUACCUUAUUGUGGUGACUGUGCAGGUACAAUGAAUGCAAUGUAUUGGGGUGCAUCAAUUUUAUCAUCGUAUUUAGUUUUAUUCAUUUUCUUUUAUGAAGAUCAUUAUACUCAUAAAAAUAAAAAUAAAAAAUUGGGUAAAAAAUUAGAUUCAACUACUAAUGGUAAUAUUAAUAACAAAAAGAGCCAAUAA